AUGCAAACUCCACGCGAGUCCCGGGCCAAUGUUCAACCACCGUCCAUCACUUCAUCUCGAGGCAACUCUGUCGGUGAUCUGAAAAGUGAUCCGAAAGGUGAAGCCAACAGUGAACCAAGCCAACACCUUAAAGACAACCAGGACAUCAUCACACCCGUCCCAGCCUCUGGCACGGACGACAAAGCUGUCACAGAAGGGCUCUUCACUUCAACUACGAAUGACACAGCCGUUGACAAGCAGGACGCACGAGUCUCGUCCAACACUGACGGGGCCGACACCUCCACCGUCGACACCUUCUACCGGCCCGACCCCUACGACUUUGGCCGACACCGCCGUGACAAUGUCUCCAAGAAACAGAUGAAGAUUGAGCAUCCCAAGGGUAACAAGAGGAAGCUCUCAAAGUUCUACACCCGCCAGAACGAGCUCAUCGACCAGUUCCUGGGCGCCGAGGAUGAAGAGAGGCAGCAGGUCGACGAGGAUGCGCGGAUGGGCCCCAAGAUCAAGUUCGCCGUCAACGCAUCCUUCACCGUCAACUUCUGCCUCUUUGUCAUUCAGCUCUAUGCCGCUGUCUCAACCGGGUCUCUAUCGCUGUUUGCCACUGCAGCCGACGCUUUCAUGGACCUCGUCUCAUCCUUUGUAAUGCUUAUCACGUCGAGAUUGGCAGCCAGGCCAAGCGUUUACAAGUACCCGGUGGGACGAACCAGGAUUGAGACGAUUGGCAUCAUUCUCUUUUGCGCUCUCAUGACCACGGUCGCUAUACAACUGCUGGUCGAGUCAGGCCGUGCUCUUGGCGAGGGCAAGCGGGCCUCUGAGGAGCUGCACAUCAUCCCCAUCGUCAUCGUCGGCGUUGCCAUCUUCGCCAAGGGCUCCUUGAUGUUGUAUUGCUUUGCCUACCGAAAGUACCCCUCGGUGCAUGUCUUCUUCAUUGACCACCGCAACGACAUUGUCGUCAAUAGCUUUGGUCUGAUAAUGUCCGUGGUGGGCGAUCGCUUUGUGUGGUAUCUGGACCCGAUCGGCGCCAUGUGCAUUGCCCUGCUUAUCCUGUUCUCGUGGGUCGCAAACGCCUUUGAGCAGGUCUGGCUCCUGGUCGGAAAGUCCGCGCCAAGAGAUUUCCUCGCCAAGCUGACUUACAUGUCAAUGACCCACGACACUCGGAUUCUCAAAGUCGACACCUGCCGGGCGUACCAUGCCGGUCAGAAAUACUACGUGGAAAUCGACAUCGUCAUGGACGAGGCGACCCCGUUGAAGAUUUCUCACGACGUGGCGCAAGAGCUGCAGAGAAAGGUCGAGGGACUCGGCGAUGUCGAGAGAGCCUUCGUCCACGUUGACUACGAGGACCAGCACAACAUCCAGACCGAACACAAGGCAUUGUACGAAAAGGUCGAGAAGAAGCCCAAGAGGACGCUGAAAGAGAUCCUGCUGCGGACGAAGAAGGACACUAGCAAGGUGGUCGAGACGGAGAUCUCGAGCGGGCGAAACUCGUCCUGA